AUGCGCUCCAGUCCAACUCGGAGGUAUGAAAAGCACCCAGCCCAAAAAAACCAGAACCCAAACGCAGAACAUAAAACUCACCAAUCUAACCAGUCCGACUCGACCCGCGCCAAAGCCCUGGAACUCGAGAUCCAAAACCGCGUCGCCCAGGAACUGCAACGCCUCCGCGAGCGCGAGCAACAAACCCUCGCACAGAUCGAGAAGCGCAUUGAGUCCAAAGACACCACCCUGCCCAUCACCGCAGCCACCGCGCCCCUCGCCCCCUCCUCCGGCUACACCGAGGGCUCUCUGAACCUGGACGCACCUCGCAUCCCCUUCGCCGGACGUCACCACGACCCCGCGCCCACAUACGCCGCGCCCCAGGAAGCUGCCCCCCAGCCUGCUAAGCGGGAUGUCUCUCGUGAUGCUGUGGCUGUUGAGAUCGAUCAGCUGCGAAGUAAGCUUGAUGGACGGAGGAAGUUGACUGAGCUUGAUGGCGAGGUGGCCAAGGCUCGUGCUGAUGUGACUAGCUGCUUGCAGUUGAAUGAUCGUCGGCCGUUGAACUGCUGGGAGGAGGUUGAUGCUUUCAAGCGUGAGGUUGCGCGUAUGGAGGCUGCUUUCGUGGAUCGCAUUGUCGGUUAG